UUUAGUCUGAACCCGUGCGUGUGAACUCCUCCUCAAAAUCCUAUCUGAUUUACAUCUAAAUUCAAGUGUUUUUGUGAGGGAUUUCAACAUGGUAUCAGAGCGGGCCGAUCCACAGUGAUCUUCUCUUCAAUUUCUGGUCGUGCUGUGCAUCCGCGAGUGGGCGCCGCCUUUGAGCAGUCGCCGUCGCGCCGUCGCCGGUACAACGUUGUGUCGGCAUCGGGCCGCCGCCGUUGCUGUGACGAGCUGGAUCGAAGUUACUCCCGCACUACAGAGAUUUGGAGUUGCUGUUGACUCUUCUUGUGGCCAUCCUGUGCACGUCUUGGACCAGAACAGGGGAAGAGGAAGUCUCAGGUAUAAAUCUGCUUCAGGCUGAAAGGUGAACUGGUGGACUGAAUCCUCUUGCUCUGCAACGUGUGUUGGAGAGGAGCUGAGUUUUUUUGUAUGUUGGUUUGCUGAAUCGUGUGGGAAGCGGGCUGUUGGUUUCAGUUUGUUUGGUUGCUGAAUUUUGGGUCAAGCUGCUGUAGCUUUUUAGCUGAAUCAUGGGAGAACCUAACAAGGAUUCAGGUGUGGAGAAACUCGUUGAAAGCAUGCAGAGGAUGAUGGCUCAGUUGCUAGAGCAGGCACAAACAAAGGCAAUUAGUGGUUCUGAUGUACUAAAGAAUUUAGAACCAAAUCCGGCCAGGUUGACCGGUCCGGGUGAUUUCUUUAGCUGGUCUCGAAAUGCUUUGUUGAUCCUGGAGGCACACGGUUUGGAGAAAUUUCUGAGAGAAGACGAGAAAAAGCCAGGAGAAGUAGCACAAGAGCAAUGGGACCAACAACAGAAGCGAGUCAUGGUGUGGUUGCUCGGUUCGAUGGAGAAGACUGUGAGGGAACAAGUUGAAGGGCUUCACUCUGCAGCUGAGGUGUGGACAAGCAUUGAGAAACAAUUCUCUGGGAAAUCAAACAAGAUGCAGGUCAGUAGAAUUUUCCAUGAACUAAGGCAUAUCAAGCAAGAGCAGAAGACUGUAACUGAAUAUGCAGGAGAAAUCAAGAAACUUUAUAGAGACCUUGAGUAUUUCAGACCAUUCAAAGCACAUGAUCCCAUGGAUGUUUCACUCCUUCGUGAGUGGUUUGAACCAUUGUUGGUUCAGACCUUCCUUGAUGGCCUGAACUCCGAGUUCAAUCUCCGUUCCCAGCUCAUACAAGCCACGCCAGAUUGGCCUACACUAGACCAAACCAUUGCUAGUGUACUUGAAGAGGAAACAAGAUUGGCGAAUCAAAUCACAGCUCCACAAGAAAAUGAUGGCAGAUCUGCACUAUCUUCAGUUAACCAAGAUCUGUCUCUUGGUACUUCAAGAAAUCAACAUGAAAAUGUUACUAGAUUCUACUACACGAGGAAACCUGGGAAGGUGUGUGACUACUGUAAACAACCAGGCCAUUUGAAGAAGAAUUGUUUUGAUCUAGUUGGUUACCCUCCUGGAUGGCAACAAAAAAAGUUUAACAAAUUCACUAGUGGCAGUAGUAAUGCAAGAAGGACAGAUCGAGCUCAUCUUACACUAUCUAGGGAGGAACCGUCUGCUGUAACAGCCCAAGCACUUGAAGAAUUUAAGGGCAAACUUAUGGCGAAUACUACAGAAGGUCCUAUUGGAACUACCUCCAACGCUCAUUGUGGGAAAGGAUCGGAAGACAAGAAGAAAUCUUGGGACUGGAAUUGAGCAUGAUGGCCUCUACUACCUUAUCAAUGAUCCAUCUCCAUCUCCAUGUGCGCUCAGUAUGAUGAAUAGUUCAGCUACUGAUGAAUUGCUACUAAUGCAUUAUAGACUAGGGCAUUUGUCGUUCCAAGUCCUUAGUCGCAUGUUUCCAUGUCAAGCUAAAAAUUAUUGUAAGGAGAAGCUUUUGUGUGAUGUGUGUGAACUGGCUAAACACACCAGAACCAAUUAUCCUAGUACUAAUGAGAGGAGUAAGCUACCUUUUGAUGUGGUGCAUUCGGAUGUAUGGGGUCCAUCAGCUGUAACUGCCCUCACAGGGGAUAGAUAUUAUGUGACCUUUAUCGAUGGUUUUAGUAGGUGCACAUGGUUGUACCUCCUAAAGCAUAAGUCUGAAGUUCUCCCUGCAUUCAAAGAUUUUUUUAAUAUGGUG